CUAAUUCUGACUUUAUGUUCUUGUUGAACAUUGUUGGGUAGUGAGACAAAGGGAAAGUAGAUUAUUUUGAAAGUUUUGAAUGUGAGAGUGGGAAUUAUCAGUGUUAGUUAUUGAAAUAGACAUUUUCAGGCUUGCUUUUUACUUUUUUUGAAGCUAUUCAAAAUCUAGGUCAAGAUUUGCAGCCUUACUCACGAACUCCUGGCACAUAGUUCACUGCAUAUUGCUCCAGAAAGGAACUAAUGAUGGUGGGGAAACUGGCGUCUACCUUAAUGAAGUGGUUCUCAGGCAUCAUCUGUUGAAGUCCCAAGUGCCUCCUUAAAAAAUCAUACUGCUGAUUACUCCUGUACCCGUGCAAAACAUGGAAUAAAUUUCAAUAAAAAAGGGUAUCUAUGACAGAGCAUCUUCCUUCCCUGUUGCCUGGCUCCCAUUGUCAAGUAAACAAAAAUGUCAUUAUCUGGGCUGACGGCACCAGACGAAAGCAGAUGCUAGAGGAAAAGAUGGUUAAGUUUUCCAUCACAUUUUCUUGAGCUGCUAGAUGUCCACAUAACAAUCACUUUCAUGAUUCAUCCAAGUGUCUCCAAAUAGAGUAAGAACAUUUACAGAAAUGGCAACCAACUCCAUGUAUUCUUGCGUGGGAAAUCCCAUGGACAGAGGAGGCUGGUGGGCUAUAGUCCAUGGGGUUGCAAAAGAGUCAGACACAACUUAGUGACUAAACAACAGACCUAAGAACAUGACUUUUCUCCAAAAAGCCUGUUUCUUUCUGCGUUUGUAAAGUGGAGUCACAUUGUUUCUGGACCUGAGUAUGUGCCCAGUCAUUGUUAAUUAUUUCCUUCCUAAAAAUGAAAUACUCAAAAAUUGGGGUAGUGUCGCCUCCAAGAGCUGACCUUGCAUCAGGAGAAUAAAGAAAACCCAGGACAAUGAGGCACGUGUUUGUGAGCUCUGGUAGGAACUGCGUUUGGAGGACAAGAUAAGAGAAAAUGCUGACUUGUAAUAUUUUUUUCCCUUGCAAACAUUAACAAAGUUUCUGCAGUACAAGCAACAUAUCCCUCUUCUCCCCAGCUAUGCAGUUUCUUGUGAGGAGGCGACAUCAUUUCCUGCUUGGUUUUGUGAAUUACAAGGAUGCUGUGUCCUGCUGGGGAUGCUGGGCUUGGAAUGAGGCAGAGAGAGGCUCACAGGGGUCAAUCGCCAGGCUAGUGGCAGCCCACAGGCUCUUUAAGUUGUUUUCCAUUAAGGGCACAAGCAAAGCCCACCUUAUAGUUGACUUUUGUCUUUUUCCCAAAUCGAGCAACUCUGUAAAAAAGAGCCUUUGGACCCAGAUUUUUCCCAGCUGUCUCCAACUGGACAUCCAGGGCGCCUCUCCUGUUCUUUCUGACUCUUGAAUUGGAAGCUAACAAGACUCUGCAGCCUGGAAAGGAAAUAAAAGCUAUUUCGUGCAGUGGAGAGUACUUGAAGGGAGCGAGGAUUCCCUGCGAUUCCUGCCUGCAACUGGUCAAACACUCAUUCCCCUCUCAGCUCUGCCUGCAGUUGAACACAAAGACCUGGAGGAGACUCCCACAUCCUUCGGGGAGGAGAAAGGAGGCGGCGAGGCCCGAUUGCAGGAACUUGGGGGCUGGUGGCCUCUGCGCACCGGCCGGCCGGCGAGGGGCCGAGGGGAUUAGAGUCCCGGGGCGGUGACCGAGCGGGAGAUGAGGCGCUGCCGCCGCCGCUGACCCUCGGUUCUGGAGCAGCCGCUGCGCUUUGUGCUGCCCGCACAUGUGUCUGCCCGGCGCAUCCGGAGGCGCGCACACGAGCAUCCACCACGGCCGCCGGGGAGAGAGUGCCCGCCAUGCCCACGGAGAGCCUACAGACAGGUAGCAUGGUGAAGCCGGUCAGCCCCGCCGGCACCUUCACGUCGGCCGUGCCCCUGCGCAUCCUCAACAAGGGGCCCGACUACUUUCGCCGCCAGGCGGAGCCCAACCCCAAGAGACUCAGCGCCGUGGAGCGGCUGGAGGCAGACAAGGCCAAGUACGUCAAGAGCCAGGAGGUCAUCAACGCCAAGCAGGAGCCCGUGAAGCCGGCGGUGCUGGCCAAGCCCCCUGUGUGCCCGGCCGCCAAGCGCGCGCUCGGCAGCCCCACGCUCAAAGGCUUCGGCGGCGGCGGCGGCGGCGGCGCCAAGAGCGAGGGGGGCGCGCCUCGCGAGACCCUGAAGCUGGAGAUCCUCAAGAACAUCCUCAACAGCUCCGAAGGCUCGAGCGCGGGCUCGGGCCACAAGCACAGCGCGCGGAACUGGCCGGCGCCCCGGGCCGACGCGGCCGAGCUGCACCGGCACUCGUUCGCCGAGUCGCUGCGCGCGCGCCCCGCGCCGGGCCGGGGCAGCCCCCAGGAGGGCGGCUCGCACGUGGGCCGCCGGCCGCCCGAGCCCGCCUCUUCCGCCGCCGCCGCCGCCGACGCCUUUCUGCACGUGUCCCACAGCUCCUCGGACAUCCGCCAGGGGCCCGGCGCCAGGCCCUUGAAGGCCAUCCUCCCCUGCAGCAGUUCCGCCCCGCCGCUGCCCCCCAAGCCCAAGGUGGCCGCCCCGGCCGCAGUGAAGUCCCCCGAGGCCGAGGCGGCCGAGCCAGCCGGCGGGGUGGGCCGGAGACCCUCGCUGCAGCGCUCCAAGUCGGACCUGAGCGACAGGUAUUUCCGCGUGGACGCCGACGUGGAGCGCUUCUUCAACUACUGCGGACUGGAUCCAGAGGAGCUGGAGAACCUGGGCAUGGAGAACUUCGCGCGGGCCAACUCGGACAUCAUCUCGCUCAACUUCCGCAGCGCCAGCAUGAUCAGCUCGGACUGCGAACAGUCUCAGGACAGUAACAGUGACCUUAGGAACGAUGACAGUGCCAAUGACCGGGUGCCCUACGGCAUCUCCGCCAUCGAGAGGAACGCGCGCAUCAUCAAGUGGCUGUACAGCAUCAAGCAGGCCAGGGAGUCGCAGAAGGUGUCCCACGUGUAAGAGGCAGCAGCGCGCCCGGAGGGAGGCAGGGGGGGGGUCUCUGUCCGCGCCUCGGCACUUGUGAAGAUUGUGAGGUCUCCUUGAAGUGUUGUGAGCUUCUCCACUCUCUUUGUGUUGCUUGUUGUGCAAUGUCUUUCCAGUUGCAUGCCCGCCAACACGGGGACUGACCUGGCGUCCUCGGCUACCAUCGCUGCAGAGCCUGGCCGGUCGCGCGUCACCCGCCCCGAAGUGUCAGGCCACAUCCUAAUUUAGGGCUUCAAUCUUUGGCAAAACUGUUUACACGGAAAACGGUAUACAACUUCUUCAAUAUUUAUGUGGUUCUAGUGUUUUUAUAUCCCGCGCUAUGGUGUCUUAAUUAAAAGUUUUAUCAACUGGCUUUUAAGUUGGGAGUAGCAUCUUUUUGAAUUUAAAAAAACCCAAUUUGCCUACAUGUGAGACCCAAACGGGAAAAUAAAUGGGCUCUGCUAUCAAACAGAUAGUGAGGGAUCCCAGAGGACUGGGCUGGGCUUUCUGAGAAAGAAAGUGGGGAAUCCGAUGUCAGUCAUUUACUGUUGACAGUCCUCUUGCUAUUUACACAAGUAAUGGUUGGGGACACAUCGUUCUGUGUCUGAUUUGGUGUAUAAACGUUGGUGGUUUCUGUAAUACUGACCCCAAGGAAAGACAAUCAGAUACAAUGAAGGGAAUUAAAUCAGGAGGUUGGGUGUUAGAGGGGUUUGUUACUAUUAAUCUGAUUGGGUUGAUUUAGAAAUUUCGACUAUCAAUCAUUUGACAGAACUGGCCACCCUAGAGCUGAUACUGAAUGUUUUUUGUUUUUUUUUUUAAGUUGGUUUUUUGGUUGAGAAUUCCAAGUGGAUUCUCCUCCCUCCCUUUGUUGUAACUGUUUUAUCUGGGAGAGGGGAGUGGGGCUUGGGUGGUGGGAACUACCUGAAGACCACUGAACACAAAUGGAAAUGCCAGCCAUACCAGUUUAGAGCCUUCUCUUCAGAAGUCAGUACCUUUGGGAGCUGAACCAGAUCUGGGCAGCAUGACUAUGUCCUCAUGCAUAUGUUAACCUGUGAGGCUGUAAGGGACUUGAAACAUGACGCUGUGUAGCUUUUCAACCCGAAGAUCCCUAGGGCUGCAUUUCAGCUUGUUGCCCCAUAAGCUGUCCUACAGGUGGUCUAGUUGGCUGUCCGUCAGCUGACAGUCAUCCGGCAGUAGCCAAGGGGUCCACCUGGGAUGCUCAGCUUCCUCGCUCUUAUAGACACGCCCUGGAGCUCCUAGCAGCACUGCCUUAGCCUUCAUCAGCUCAUAGGACACUUUUUAUGCUGUAAAUGUUGUAAGACUUUGUACAUACUUCAGUUGUUUAUGAAAUCUUUAAGAAGAAAAAAAAAAAGAAAUGUUACUCUAAUAAAUAGCUCUGGUGCAGGC